GCAUAGUCUUGGCUGCAACUCUUUUCAUGAGCAUUUCAGCCGUCCUUUGUCGGAAAUCACCUUCUUCGAAAACAUUUUCUGUUCAAGGCUAUAGYUUAGAGCAUCAUUAUCGCUCGUUUUAUGCAGAAAGGUUGGGAACYUGUCUUCUAACGUGCUUGGAAGAUGAUUCUGRCUCUUGUAAAAGURUAUCCUACGAUACGGCCUUCAGUUUGUGUAAAUUAAGUAGAGAAACACGAAACACAGUUCCACUGCUUUUUAAAAGACAAGAAAACAAYGUUUAUGUCACUGUGGCUGAGUUCCAACCAGCACCAACGAAUCCACCGACAACUGCUCCACCUACAACCACAGGAACUCCAACGACAACUUCUCCACCUACAACUUCUCCACCUACAACUUCUCCACCUACAACUUCUCCACCUACAACUUCUCCACCUACAACCAUAGGAACUCCAGCCCAACCACAAGGUUUUGACCAAAGCACAUUCUGCAUUGGUAAAGCGGUUGGUGAUUAUCGGCAUCCGGAAGACUGUACUAUGUAUGUUACUUGUGUUUCUGCUGCGGCAGUUUAUGUGCGGCCUUGUGGAGGAACAGUUAAUCCAUAUUGCAAUGCUCACUGCUAAGGAUGAAACGGGUUCUCCACCACUGCUUGAAAACCGUUGCAUCACAACUAGGUAGUGUUUUCCAUCAGAGUUCACCAUUCCAGCUCAAAUCACCACUAAAUCUUCCUUGUAGUCAUCA